UUUCUGUGGAGUGGCCGCUUUUGAAACCUGAUUGGUUGCUGUCCAGGAGAUUGUUUUGUGAGAGAUGGGAGGAGAUUUGGUUCGGUUAUUAAAAGGUGAGGACAAGCAAAUAUUUCUUCAGAUGAGAGCAGGUUGAUAUGUAUGCACUUACAGUAUUUAUUCAUAGAUUUUGCUUAAACUCUUUACCGGACAACUUGAUCUGAGGUAAUAUUCAAAUACUUUGGGUACAAUUAUGCUCUGUUUUGCUAGAAAAUCUAGCACCAGGAAAAGAAAUACUGAAUACUAGAUAAAAUACAAAUAGCUGUCAGCACAGUCCAUGCAUAUUUCUUGUAGUGAAAGGCAGACAUAUAAGAUAAGAUAUAUUUAAUGAAAGUAAAAAGUCUGUGUUUUACUGCUCACAGGUUUUGUGUAGAGCAACUAAUGGACAACCUGACAUUCACAAACAACAUUCUCCUUGUGGAGGGACUGAAAGUUACACCUCAGGCUUCGUAUUUAGUUUUUAUCUUGCUUUUCUUGUUUUAUGUCUUUGCAAUGGGAUGUAACAUUGGACUAAUAAUUUUAAUUGCAAUAGAGAAGAACCUUCAUCAUCCUAUGCAUUUUCUGUUCUGUAACCUGCCAGUGAAUGACAUAAUUGGGACUACUGUAAUUUUACCACGCUUAAUGCAGGACAUUUUUAAGCAGUCCUCAGAGCGCUAUAUAACAUAUGCAGAGUGUAUUAUUCAAGCAUAUUUUGUUCACAUAUUUGCAACAGCAAGCCACACUGCACUAGUAACCAUGGCCUAUGACAGACAAGUGGCAAUAUGCAAUCCAUUGCUAUACAUGACUAUAAUGACAAAUAAAAUGGUGGUUACAUUAUCAGCAUUAGCCUGGGCACUGCCUGUAAUUGCAGUGGCAAUUAUGAUAGGUCUCACUGUACGUUUGUCUCACUGCAGAUCUAAAAUUGAAAACCCUUUCUGUGACAAUGCUUCACUUUAUAAAUUGUCCUGUGAGAAUGUGGCCAUUAAUAAUAUGUUUGGAAUCGUUUAUUCUGUGGCAGGAUUCAGCAUAUCAGUGACACUAAUGCUUAUAACAUAUAUCAGGAUUGCUACUGUAUGUAUAAUUAGGAAAAACAAAGCACUCAACAGUAAAGCCAUAAAAACAUGUGGCAGUCACAUAGCUGUUUAUUUAAUAAUGUUUGUUUCUUGUGCCAUCAUGAUUUUUUUUCAUCGUUUUCCUGAAUACUCUGAAAACAGGAAGCUAGCUAGUAUAAUGUUUCACAUUGUACCACCGGGACUAAAUCCUGUAGUAUAUGGUUUACAAACCACAGAGAUAAGACAAAAGAUUGUUAAACUGUGGCGGAAAAAAGUUAAUAUUUUGUGACUUUUUGAGGGAUGUAGCAAUAAAAUGAAGGCAAAAAUCAUAUUUUUCGAAAAAGGUUGAAGUGCAAUAACAAAUUAAUUUAGUGUCACUAUUUAUUAAUAUGCUGAUCCAUUAAUGUGUUUUUUGGUUUGCUUUUUUUUUUGUUUUGUUUUUUGCUUUGCUUUGCUUGUUUGUUUAUUUGUAACAUUCAUUUAGUUGCCUAAUAAGAGUAACAUCACCACAUUGAAUUAUCAAGAUAAAUGUUUAAAAGUAAAAUGUUCUACCUACAUAAAUAUUGUUAGAAUUCAGAAGUAUAUGCUCAAAUUACAGAAUUCAAAGAAUAUGUUUGUCGGCUUUAAGCAUUUACACUGCCAUUGAUCCAUUUACCAUGCACUGGCUGCAGUUUUGCUUCUUUUUAUGUAUUUACCAAAGUCAUUUAAUUGCAGAAUAAAUGUUAAUAUGUUUCAACAAUAAAAAGCUGUACACUUAUUAUUGUUCCAAGUCUGUUAAAUGUAUUGCAUAAUUAUAAUAAAAAAUAAACAAAAUGAUAUUAUAAGAAACUUCAAAUCUAAAAAGAGACAAGGAAUGAGAGAUACACACUUAGUGUACAGUGCACUUAGUUUUGGCGCUGCCCACAUUGCAACAGAUCUAAGAUUGGGGCAGCAAAUUUUGGGCUGUGCAUCAUGUGUCUUGCAUCAUCAGUUUGGAACUACAAUUUGAUUAAGUUUGGUUACUUGCUAUGAAUGAACAGACUUAAAGAACAAUCCAUUCUGAAAUAUAAUAUAAUGAUACAUUGCAGAUAACAGAAAGGAGUAAUGGAUUAUGCACAAGAUGUCACACCAAUGAAUAUGGCACAAUACGGUCUUAAAGCUUGUACUUGACUAACUGGGUGUCAAGAACUCAG